UCUUUUUGCCCUUCUCCCGGGAUAAGAGCAGAAAAAAGGUUAAGUGUGAAACGUAUAUAUUAUUAUUGUUAUAAGCGUUUAUUUCUUUAUACUCACAAAAUAAUAUACAUUUGUUUCAUUUUACAGGUGGGGCUAUUCCAUUUUACACAUCCAGGAUUGAAAAAGAGUGCUUCGAACUUGCAUCCUAGUCAGAUGUCCAAUACAGACAGUUCUCCACCUUGGUAAAGAACCUUUGAGCGGAACCUCUUGUCGGAACCCACUGGACUGUCACGUGAGACUGAGGCGACAGCAGAAAUGUUUCCAGCAGUGUACGUCUUCAUCAGGAGCUGACCAUGAGCUUAUAUCUGCGCCAAGAAUGGAUUGACCCUCGACUCAGCUACAACGAGACAGAAUUACUCAAAUCAAGUAUUGAAAUCAG